GAGAUGUUGGCCACACACAUAAUCCAAAACAAUGAAAGAAAGCAAACCGCAAGAGCAAAACAGCACCAACUAAUCUGUGGUCAUAUAACGUAUAACUAAUCAUCACAAAACUUUCCCAGUAAAUGAAGACAAUAUAGGUUCAUUUCCGAAAUAUGAUUGUGGAUGUAUGUUUAAAUAUGCAAAUGAAUAAUUAUCUUUGUAAAUAUGUGCUACUUUGGUUUAAUUGCAAUAAUAAAUCUGAACAUCAGAUUCCAUGUGAGUUGCCACAUUAGACUCAAAUGUUUUUACAGUGGAGGAGAAUAUUAAAUCUCCUUGAAUCACUUCAAGCAGCCACAGAAACCAAACACGAACAACGUGUUUCCAUUGUUGUUUGUGUAGUUGUGUCUUACAGCAUGGAGCCUGUUGCUUUGGUUGCUUGUACGCGUCUUUGCGCGUGUGCGCGUGUGCGCGUGGUGGGAGGGGUUUGCUGAAGCCACUUGCUCCCUCUAAUUAGCAGCGUGUGCCGGUGAGGAAACUCAGUGGAUCGACCUCAGCGCGGCGCAAAGGCAUCCGGGGGGCCACUUCACCUGUGCGACGCUUUAACAGCGUCACAUCCGAAUCGAGAAGACAUUUCCAAAAAGCUCAGCGCGCGCGCGGCAGUGUGCUCUGCUCCCGACCUGACAGACAAGUAGAGCUGAAAGUUAGAAAAAGAAAAAGGAAGGAAGUCUGAGGUCUCCGUGCCAAACCCCGGCGCGUCCCGCUCCUGCGCCCCCCCCCCGCCCGCCGCGGGUCGGACCCGCCGCGCUGACUCGGUGACCCGGCGGAGCGCUCGGUUUUUGUGCUGCGUGUCCGACAUACACGUCAACGACAGGACUUAAACCCUGCUGCGAGGAUGAUGUCCUACAUAAAGCAACCCCAUUACACGAUGAACGGGUUAAAUUUGCCUGGCCCCGGAAUGGAUAUGCUGCACACAACCAUCGCGUAUCCAUCCACUCCCCGGAAGCAGCGCAGGGAGCGCACCACCUUCACCCGGACACAGUUGGACAUCCUGGAAGCGUUGUUCUCCAAGACGCGCUACCCGGACAUCUUCAUGAGGGAGGAGGUGGCCCUCAAGAUCAACCUGCCCGAGUCACGUGUGCAGGUUUGGUUUAAAAACCGUCGUGCCAAGUGCCGUCAGCAGCAGCAGCAGAGCAGUGGCCAGUCCAAGCCCCGCCCACCCAAAAAGAAGGCCUCUCCAUUGCAGGAACCCAGCGCCCCUGAUCCGGUCUCUAACCCGCCCGGCUCCUACAGCCCCUCCAAUGGUCAGUCAGGUCCCGGCUUGGUCCCGAGCUCCAGCACCGGGAACAGCGCCGUGUCCAUCUGGAGCCCGGCCAUCUCUCCCCUGCCCGACCCCCUGGCCUCCUCCUCGGCGCCCUGCAUGCAGCGGCCCUCACCUUACCCCAUGAGCUACGGCCAGCCAUCGGCCUACUCCCAGGGCUACGCCAGCACCACCUCCUACUUCACCGGCCUGGACUGCAGCGCCUACCUGUCCCCCAUGCACUCGCAGCUGUCGGGCACCGUGGGCGCCCUGAGCCCCAUCACCGUGCCCUCGAUGGGGGGGUCUCUGAGCCAGUCCCCGGCCUCGCUGUCCUCGCAGGGCUACAGCACGGCCUCCUCCCUGGGCUUCACCUCUGUCGACUGCCUGGACUACAAGGACCAGCAGGCCUGGAAACUGGGCUUCACCACAAUGGACUGCCUGGAUCACAAGGACCAAAACUCCUGGAAGUUCCAGGUCCUCUAGAGAGGGGGGUCGUUCAUGGGCAUCAACGUGAGAUAGUGUGACUUGUCGUCUUUGAUUUUAUCUCUCUUUCUGUAAGAUUUUUGUUUGUUUUCUAAUGGUCACCUCUGUAGGAAUUUUAUUUGAAUGGCUUUGGAGAUAAAGGACUAGUGACUGUCAUCGAUGCUGCUUGACUGCAAACCAUCACGAUGUACGGAGGAAACAUACUAAGCCAUCUCUUCUUUCAACAUGUCCAACUCCGAGUAGGACACAUACACAUUUUAUUUUAAACUGCCAUUGUCAUAGAGUGAAAGUGGAGCUGCUGUGACGGGACGGAGCUCUAAAGUCCUUAUAGGUCACCUCCUCCUUCAGGGUUUAAUCAUUAUAAGCCACUAAUUAUUAUUUUAUGCUAAUUUUAAAUAAUUGUUUGCGUUUAGAGCUUAGCAUUUGUGUUGCGUGUUGCCGUGUUACCCGUCAGUGUUAUUGUCCCUACCUGUUUGAUGGAGAAAAAAAAAUGCUUUGUGACAUAUUAAAGUGAUCUAUUCUUUA